AUCGUAAUGCUCGCAUGCAAUCCAGCACGAAAACAAGCAUCGUGUGCUACUGGUUUAACUCAUUCAGAAUCCUGGCAAGGUCUGGGUUAAUGGUUUCCUGCGAUGGUUUCGAACCAAUCGGAAGCUUAAAAGAGUUUCGGAACGGCUAUCAAGUAAAAUUUUCAUCGAAGAGUAAAAUCGUUUCGGAACGUACCCUAGAUAUCUGUGCCCACGAAAUUCGUGAGGACACCACUCUCCUUCAUAUUUACCGCAAUUUUUAUUAAACGACGUAAUAUUGUUGGAUCGUUUACAAUUAUGCGAAAUAUAAAGAUAUUAUAUCAGAAAGCUCUAAAAAUGUAUCCUAUAAGUACACAGGCAGUACAAUCUGGAAUAUUAAUGGGACUUGGUGAUCAGAUUGCACAAAAUUUUAUAGACAACUCAAAAACUAUUGAUUUGGCACGUACAAUGCAGUUUACUGUGAUUGGUUUGUUUAUAAGUGGUCCAGCAACAAGAACUUGGUAUGGUAUUUUAGAUAAAUAUAUAGGUUCUAAAGGUUAUUCUGUUGCAAUAAAAAAGAUUGUGUGGGACCAGUUACUAUUUGCACCUAUAUUCACAGCAGUUUUACUAGUUACUAUUGGUAUUUGCCAAGGAAAAAGUACUGAAAAAUUAAAAAUUAAAAUACAAGAUGAAUAUAGUGAUAUUUUAAUGAAUAAUUAUAAGCUUUGGCCUAUGGUACAACUUGUAAAUUUUUCUUUAGUGCCUUUACAUUAUCAAGUUUUAGUUGUACAAGUGGUUGCUGUAUUUUGGAAUAGUUAUAUUUCAUAUAAAACAAAUUUAAAUAUAUAAAACACAUCGAAUUUAAAUAAAUUAACUGAUUGACGCACAAAUUGUAAUUAUGAGU